AUGAUCGAGGAAAAGGGCAUGGCUCCCCACGCAAUCCAACAGGACCAAAAGUCCUCCCGGAGAAGAGCCUUGCGCCCCGCCAACAUUCACAUCCCCCGUCAGAUUACAGAACGUGAUGAAGAGUCCGACGAGGAAUACGCAACGUCAGUACGGAGAGCUGCAGGUGGUCUUUGGAAGAGAAAUCCAUACAGCAGCCACGACUACGUCGAUAAUGUAGAGGCUCGGUCAGACAGCGACAGCGACGACCCAAGGAGGAAGAACAAUAAGAACCAGCAGCCACAACGACAACAGCAACAACCACCCUCGAGCCCGGACACGCCCAAGGCUAGACCGUCAAACAAUGUAGCAAUCCCCGACUCGCAAAUACCUGUAGCAACGGUCCGAUUGGGGGUCCCUGCUGUAUCAGGACGCCCCCGAGCCUCGAUCAAACCCCCGAUCGCUCUUCCGCAAUUGUCGGCUCCUCCACUGCGAGUGUCCGCCGCUCCUCAGAUGUCAGCACCCCCCGUGGUCCUUCCAGUCGUGCCAAACCUUCAACCAGCUGUGCCAAACACCACGCCAAGUGCGUCAAGGCCCGCCCCAGCCUUCGGGACGCCCGUGGCUAACCCUGUCAACAACCCGGCGAGACGUCCAGCUGAACCUGAGGAGCCGCCACCACCGCCACCCCCGGUUCUUGCUCCGGGAGAGCCUGAUCCUCCUCCGCCUCCGCCUCCUGAGCCUGAACCUGGUCUUCCUCCCCCUCCUCCUCCUCCUCCACCACCACCACCAGUCCCGACGGCGACUAUGACUGUAACGGCCCCGGCACGUACAGUCAUCUUGGUCUCAACCAUGACGAAGCCCAAAUUGGACACUUACCCAACACCAUCAUUACCUCCAGCUUCUACUCCGCCCAAAAUUACUGGUCUCCCACCCUUGCCACCAGUUGAGCCGUCCGCUCCGAGGAAGGGCAUCGAUGGACAUACCACACCCACGGUCACAGCUACUUUGGCAUCGGCUGUGAUUCCCGCCGAAACUAUUUCAGCUCUUCCUGGGCAGGCUGCUAGUGGACGCCCAGACAAAGAUGAUGGUAGACCACCGCGUAUGAACCCGGAAACCGAACAUGCUCUAAUUGCCGUCGGUUCAAUCGGAUCCUUCAUCUUUGCAUCAUUCCUCGUUUGGAUUGUAUGGAGGACUCUCAAGAGAGCAGCUCGGAGGAGAAGAGACAGAGAGUCUGCCUUUCGAGGCGACAGACCGGGACUUGGUUCUAAAAUUCCAUUUUUCAAGAACCGGUCUGCUGGUGGUGGAUGGGAGAACCUGGAUGGUCGUCAAAGCCAGAUGCCAACGCAGUACGCAAAGGGGGCCGAAGCUGGAGGGCCCUUACGGUUAAACACUAACUUUUAUGGCCCCGAUGGAAAGCCGGCGGGCGGCAACUUCGUUGCAGACCCAGCAUAUGGCGGCGCGUACAUGUCACCAGCAGAUAAUCGGGGUAGCCCUGUGACUAUCAGUCCGGCCACCACAUUACAGAUGCGUAUGAACGCAAUGAAUGGGCAGGGCACGUUCAAUAGCCAAAGCGCCUAUACCAGCCAGGUUGGGACAUACGACAACCAGACGGGCACAUUCGUCAGCCAUGCGCCUAGCCAAUCCCUAACCCAAAUCAUCGGACAGUAUGGCACUACCACCGAUCCUAGCUCGACCCUGAGGUCAGGCAUGGGCGCUGGAGCCUUUUUCAAUCAAUCAGAGUUGGCCCGUCAACCAUCUGACGCUUACGAUCCCACGAGGAGGCAGGUAAACAGGGCAAGCGAGCUGUCGUCGAUCUCAUCAGGCUUCGGCGAUGGAGAUAUUGUAGUGCCCAGCAUGGCACUGCAACCGCCCCCGCCAGUCUCUCAGUCACUGAGAGCUAGUCAGAACGGUGUCGGCCGGUUCUCAUGGAUAAGUAAGAGCAACCGUGACACGGUGUAUACUGAGGCCAGCGAAGACUUGCCACCGAGGUUCAGAACGGUCAACAGCUGGGUCAACCAGCAAACCGGCCGCAUCAAGAGGGCACAGGCACGGCCAGACACGGAUGAAGACGUACCACCAGUGCCUGGGCUUCCGGCUGGGACAGGCCAAAAUGGCCUCCCGCCCGAGCCCCAAUUUACGAUGAUGAUGCCUGACGGGGAGAUACCAAGACGACCUGAUCUGGAGCGCAACGCGUCCUAG